CUGGUCUUUGUGCAGGACGCCCACUCAUUAGGGUGUCUCCUGGGAAUUGAUCUUGGAUUUGAGGUUUUCUCCUGAUCGUGAUAUGAAACUAGGUCCACAUUGUCUCCAAGAAACAAGUUCAGCAGGCGGCACCUCCUGAGGCCUGACUAAGAGCCAAGACACAACUGGAACAUUCUGGCAGUCUUUUCGGUUGGUUCUGCACAGGCCUCAUCAUCUCUUGCUGAGUGCUAUACAGAAUCGUCCCUUGGAAGCACCGGGGCCACGGUCAGUGGGUCGGCUUCAUGCUUCCUGUGUCUCCAGCAUGUCAAGGCCACUCCAGUCUUUAACUCACUCAGAUCCAGGGAGGCUUGCUAAUAGCCAAACCAAAGAGGCCUGUGAGGUGAAGCCAUCAGAAGCCAGGCACCAAUCACAUCUAUCAGCUCGGGAAAAUGUCCCAGUGCUGAGAAAUAUUCAAAACAAGAUUUUCAUAAAAGAAACUUCAUUGCAAGAAAUGAAGACCGAGUUAGAGAGUUACAAAGAAAGUAAUGCCCAGCAGUCGCUACAGAUAAUGUCCCUGAGAGAUGACGUCAAGAACCUCCAGGACCUUAUUGCUUCUCUAAUGAAAGCUAAGAUUUUGAAAAACACAAAUUCUCAGAAUAUUGAAAGAGGCAACUGGGACCUAACUGAGCGAGUUACAGACCUCGAGAACCGCCUAAGAGAACAUCUGGUGGAAAGAGAGAGGACGGGUCGAAGGGCAGAGCUGGAGAAGAGGUCGCCUUGCUCCAGCAGAUUCUCUCCUUGUCCGAAUCUGAAAGGACCAGAAGAUUCCUUGGAUAUUUUCCCCGUGAAGGACAAUGGUGAAGCCUCCAACUUUGAGAGAGACAUUAUUUACUCUGAAGGACCAAUUGAUGAGCAAGACAUUGGGGGUAAAUGUCAACACGAUUUGACCCACAAAGAAAAAUUAACAUCGGAGUUCGACAGACCUCCAUAUUCCUGCAGCUGGGAAACCACACCUGAGCAAGCCCAUCACCAGGAUUUCCUCGGCCAGCUGGCUACUCUACUGAGUGACAGCAUUGGCCCCAUACUAGCCACAGAGGAAGCAGUGAAAGAGAGGAUCCAGGAAAUGGGUGCAAAUGAACAGUUGUGGAAAUCUAAAUCGGAAGCCCUGCAGCAGGAAAUUCAGACGCUCACCAAGAGACUGGAGCAGCUGUACCACCUCUAUGAAGAAGCUGCUGAAAGGUCACCCCAAACUGAAGAAAGUUAUAUGGGACAGAAGAGACCCUUGCAACAUCUGGAAGGAAAGGGUGCUGUCAGCUCCCCUCUGAGGAGUGUAGACAUGGGCAGGAAGAAGGAAAACUCCAGGACUCGGACUGCCCAGACAGAUAAACACCGGAAGUUCAAACAAUUGGAAAUACUAUUGGAUAUUGAGCAGAAUUCGAAGAUGGCUGCCGGCCCAGGAAUGGAGGAGAAAAUUCAGAAGCUUCAGAAGCAGCUUAGUGAUCUGAAGUUGUCGAAUAAAAACAUGAAAACUCAACUGACGAGAAUAAACGUCCUUAAAGACAAGACAAUUGAGAGGCUCAGGCAAUCUGUAACCAAAGUCGAAACAGUGAAAGAGAAGGCAGCUGCCAAAACAGACAACCUGAAAACCCCGUCAGACUCGGCGGAGCCGGCAGCCAGAUCAGAGAAGGAGAGAGCCCACCAGACGAUGCCAGCCCACCAGACGACGCCAGCCCACCAGACGACGCCACCCCGGGGCCCUCCUGAGUCCUCCGCCACCAGGAGCACACCGAAAGGGGUCUCAGGACGAGAGCAAGAGCUUGCUGACUUCCGAGAAACCAUUAUGAAGCUGUUGGGAUUUAAUGUGAAAACAGCAGACAAGGAAGUCAUUAAUCAGCUGAAGCUUGUCAUCCAAGUUUAUGAAAUCUCCAACAAAUCAAAGACAGCUUCUCACUGUGAGACAGAACAGGACAAGUGAGCAAGUUCCGCCUCUCCUUGCUGUCAAGAACUGACAUACAGCUGUUCCCACAGCAUCCGGAAAACAGCUACAUUGUGAAUAAAAUGCACCCAGAAAGUUUCA